GAAGUUGUGAACAGAAUUUAAAAACUUCUGCAUUACCGCAGACAUUCACAGGAAGGUGGACCACCAAUGGCUCUGCUGAAGAUUCUGCUGCUGCUGGGGCUGGGUGUUUCAGUGAACUCAGAUGUUUCUCUGCAGAAGAGAAUCAUUGGUGGUCAUAAUUGUGCUGACACGGAGCGUCUUUUUCACGUUCGGCUGGAGGGCUUCAAUGGUACCAAUAAAUACUUUUGUGGAGGAUCUCUGAUCCACUCUGGGUGGGUCCUGACUACAGAUGCCUGCUGGAAGUCAGAGCCAGGAUGGAUUAAAAUCGCAAAGUUGAGAGUUCACCCACUGACUGCUAGACAGAAGAUUAUCAGUCUCCCCAACGUGCCUGUGGCUUAUACUCCCGAAGGCUGGCAGCAUGACAUCAUGUUGUUGAGGCUUCAACGAAAAGUAAAAGAUGUCCCACUUGCUCAGUUACCAGACUGCAGUUAUCAUCUUAGAAAAGACGAUGUUGUUCAACUGGCAGGAGAGGGAGCAAUGACAACCGGCCCCAAUAAUGAGCGAUUACCUAGUGAUGCUCCUGCAACACAUCUUCAGUGUGUUGACAUGAAGGUUGUUGAGGUUUCCCAUUUCCUGGUGACAUAUGGGCAUGUAUUCUCUGCAGCAGCACUGAACAAGGAUGCAUGUUAUGGCGACUAUGGUUCAGCAGCAAUGUUCAAUGGCAAGAUUUAUGGUGUGAUUUCUCCAGGUGUACCAGACUAUGCAUGUCACAGACCAGCUUACAUCAUAGAUGUGUGUAAAUACAUGGAGUGGAUUACAUCUACAAUUCAUAAUGAAUAAAACAGAAACUGUCAUGAAAUAUAAUUCUCAUCAAAUUUCUUCUCAGAUCUAAUUUUAUCACUGCAUCUUGACCAGUUUGAUCCACAUGUUUGUAGAAUUGGAAUAAAUCAACAACUUUGUUUUUCUCAUCUAUCCUUGAGCUCCCUAGUGGAUCUUUCUCUUUCUCAGCAAUUACAAAUAAAUCAAAUGCAUAAAAAAUAAA